CUCCUUUCUUUAUCGGUGCCAGACUGGGAAUACCGAAGCGAGCACUGCUGGAUCCGUUGCCUUGUUUUUCGAAAGAAUUUUCAUAGUGCAUCACUUUAAAAUUAGAUCUAUUAGAAAUGGAUCCUCAAACGUAUAUGGAUGUUGCUACAGUGGUCACAAAAUUGAAGAUGUACCCUUAUUUUGAUAUAGCACAUUACAUUCUCAUGUGCAUCGCAGUUCGAGAAGAUGUGUUGCCCCAGCAGCAAGGCCAAGGAAGUCCAUCUCAACCUUUUUCGCGUAAACAUCCAUUGUCCAGUUGGCUGUCCUCGAUGUUAAUAUGCUUUGCAGGUAGCAUUGUAGCCAACUUUCUCUUAGGAGAGCCUGUUAUCACACCUUUCAAGGACCACCAAAGUAUUAUUACAGCAACAGCUGUCUGGUAUCUAGUAAACUACUCUCCAUUUGAUCUGGUGUAUAAAUUGGCCAAAUUUCUACCAUUUAAGCUAAUUAUCUGCAUGCUUAAGGAAACACAAAGAGCACAUAAAGUAUACCAUGGAGUCUUGGUAGCUGCAAAACUUUACCCCAGUUCUUACCUUAUUGUUGUCAUCAUUGGCACUAUUAAAGGAGCUGGAAGUGGUGUAAUGAAAAAUUUUGACAGGCUGAUCAGAGGUAUUUGGAUUCCUGGCAGUAAUGAAAUUUUGCAGCCUUCUUUUGCUACAAAAGCCAGUCUGGUAGCCUCCAUAGUAUUCCUGUGUGAACGUCUGAACCUGAUUGCUGUACCUCAUCCUCUUAUCUACUUUGGUGUUGUACUUUUCUUCGUCUACUUUAAAAUCUCAUCAGUGGUCCUUGGCAUCCAUGACCCAUUUGUUCCUAUUGAGAACCUUUUCUGCGCCAUUUUCAUGGGUGGAAUGUGGGAUGCCUUGCGCCGUGCUGCAUCUAAGGAACCAGCCAAAGAGGAUGAAAACAAAGAUCCAAGAAAUGAUGUCAUUAAGCCAAAGGAUGAAAAGAAGAAAGACUGAACCGGAGACUAAAAGUGUAUAAAAAAUAAAUUAUUAAGUUGCUUACAGACUGAGCGACUGUAUUGAACAAGUAAAAGUGGUGAGUUAAAAAUCAACAAUUGAAUUGUGCAAUAUUGAGUGGUCAUUUAAGUUGAAGAUAAUUGCUCCAUCACAGAUAGUGCUAUAAAGUGUGAUGUAGUUACAUAGUUUGUUUUUUUUUUGUUUUUUUUUUCUCGGAGGUUGAAAUGGACAUGAAAAGAAACAGAAAUAGUAUUGCACACAUGAAAGUGAAGUAUGUGAGUGGAGACAUGGAAGUUAGAGUAUCCAAUAAAUCUUUUAUUUUAAUUGCUGAACAAUUUUACAAGUUCAUAAUUUAUUUAUAAUAUGGA